AUGGAGACCCCAGAACCGUUCAAGAUCACGCUCAAGAACGGCGACGAGGUCAAAGUGAACGACCAUGUCUACUGCUCGCCCAGCUGGGGCGUCCGCGACGGCACGCCCUACUCCAUCGCGCGCAUCAUGGAGUUCCUCCCCGCGCUCGGCACCCCCACCGUCGACCCGAAGACGGGGCGGCGGAACGAGCCCAUCACCCGCGUCCGCCUCGCGUGGUACUACCGCCCGGGCGACGUCUCGGACCGCGCGGUCGCCGACUCGCGCCUGCUCCUCGCCGCGAUCUACUCCGAGGUCUGCGAGCUCGCGCAGCUCCGCGAGCGCUGCUUCGUCCACCACCGCGACCGCAUCUCGGACCUCGCCGGCUGGAAGAAGCGGCCCGACCGCUUCUACUUCACCCGCCUCUUCGACCCGUGGCUCCGGAAGGAGUUCGAGGUCAUCCCCGCCACCACCGUGCGCAACGUGCCGGCGCACAUCCGCGACGUGCUCGUCGAGCGGUACGAAUACAUCGUCGCCGAGCGCGAGGUCGUCCCGGACCUCACGGACGACAUCCGGCUGUGCGAGACGUGCGAGAAGUGGUGCCCGCCAGCGGGGUCGCUGCAGUGCGACGGGUGCAAGAAGUACUUCCACAUGGAGUGCGUGACGCCGCCGAUGCUGUCGAAGCCGGCGCGCGGGUACGGCUGGACGUGCGCGCCGUGCGCGCGCCUGCACGAGGAGAAGGUCGAGGGCCACAGCGUGCAGGCGGCGAAGGCGAAGACGGGCGCGCCGUCGGCGCGCGGGCGCGGACGGCCGCGAAAAGACAAGUCGCUCGCCGAGAAGGAGGAGAACGUCGAGAUCAAGCACUUCAAGAUGUGGCCCUUCCGGUACUUUGGGCUGUACACGUUUGCAGAGGACACGCUAGACCCGGACGACCUCAUCUUCCCACGCGCGGCGACGCGCGUUGGGCCCAAGUUCCAGGCCACGGUCCCUCCCACUACCGGGACCGACGACCGGCCAAAAGACGUCGAGGAGCGGGGUGGGGACGCUACGAUCGAGGUGCUCAGCCUGGUGAACGAGAUGGACGAGCAGGACGCCGCGAACUACGAGAAACAGAAGGACAUGCUCACCCGCAGCGAGACGCUCAAACGCAGCGUCGACUGGCUGACCGAGGUCACCUUCCGCCUCACCGACGCGUGGCUCAAGCAGCGCGACUUUGCCACCGUCAGCAUGCGCUCGCCCAUGCGGCUCCAGAAGUUCAACAGGAGCGAGACGCGGUACACGGAGAAGGACUGGGCGCCGGACGAGGUCGCCGCGUUCGAAGACGCGAUCCAGAUGCACGGCGCGGAGCUGCGCGCGGUCCGCGAGGAGGUCAGCACGCGCACGAUGCCCGAAGUCGUCCGUUUCUACGGCCACUGGAAGAGCGCCAAGGUCGGCGAAGAAAACGCCCGCAUCCGCGCCGCGCGCGCCGCAGGCCUCGACGUCAAGUCGUCCUCGCCCGCACGCGAGGCGUCUCCCGAGGAGGAGGAGGGCUCGGUCAUCGUUGAGAUGCGCCGCGGGCACCCGAGCUGCGGGGCGUGCCGCACGCGCGAGUCCGCGCUGUGGUGGAAGGCCCCGAAGGGCCUCGCGACCACGAUCCUGUGCGAGAGCUGCGGGCCGAGCUGGCGCAAGUACGCGGACCUCAACGUGCGCCCCGUGCGCGAAGAAGCCCCCGUCAAGGUCGCGAAGGCGGAGAACAAGCGCGAGGGGACGCCGCUGGCCGGGCCGUCGACGAAGCGUGCAAAGACCGUGUCCUCGCAGCACUCGACGCCGCCGCCGCCACCGCCGCCCUCAGUGCCCCAGCUCCGCUGCGUCGCGUGCCAGAAAAACGGACCCGAGGGCAAGGUCCUGCGCUGCAAACAGUGCCAGUUCCGGGUGCACGCGUCGGCGUGCGGCUUCCCGCCCGCGUCCACCGCGUCCGACGCGUGGAUGUGCGACCUGUGCGAGAAUGAGCAGUCGCCGGAGGCGUCCCUGAUUUCGGACUGCAUGCUCUGCCCGCGGAUGUGGCGCGACCCGAAGAAGAAGCUGAUCUACCCGCCGCCGGACACCUUCCUCCGCGCGUGCAAGCCGACGGAGGGCCAGGCCUGGGUGCACGUCCUCUGCUCCGUCUUCGUGCCCGAGAUCACCUACUCUGACGCCGCGAAGCUCAAGCUCGUCGAGGGCAUCAGCGCGAUCCUCGAGCACCGUUGGCAGCAUAAAUGCUCGUUGUGCGACCGGGACGACGGCGCGGUGGUCCAGUGCAGCGAGUGCCCCGCCGAGUUCCACGUCUCGUGCGCGUGGAAGCAGGGCCACAAGUUCGGCUUCGAGAUGCAGCAGGCAAAAGGGCGGCGGGAGACGAUGCCCGUCGUCGAGUUCAAGGGCGCCUCCGGCGUCCUCGUCCCCACCAUCAUCUGCAAGGGCCACACCGGCCACAAGCGCGUGCUCGUCGACCUCUGCGAGCCCGCGGACGCCUCCGGCGCGGCCGAGUCCGCGCUCCAGCUCUACUGCCGCGCGUACAAGCAGGCGCCCGUCUCCGAGACGCACGCGCUGCUCCGCAAGGCGAUGCGCCUCGACCGCAUCCUCGAGGAGCAGAUGGCGCGCCUGCGCGACCUCCGCGGCCGCCUGUACAACGCCCAGCAGCACCCGCAGUCGCAGCAGCCGCAGCAGAACGCGAACGGCGUCGGCCCCAUCGUCGUCGACGUGCCCAUCGUCGACGCGGACCCGCCCGAGCCCGAGCCGCACUGCUACCGCUGCCGCACGCAGUUCUCGCCCCUCUGGCACGAGCUCGCGGGCGCGCCGCCCGCGACGAACGGCGUGAACGGCCACGGGGCGGGGGCAGCGACAGCGGCGACGGCGACGAACGGGGCGGGCCGCGCGUGGAUGUGCCACAAGUGCCACGCGAGCAACCGCCAGGCGUUCCCCGUGAUGAUCGGCAUCGCGACGUCAUAG